UCUCAGAGUCCAGGGACGAGGGUGUCAAAAUGAAAAGUUGGAGUUGAAAAUAAAAGAAGAUAAAUAGAGUUUGAAAAUACUUUCACAUCUUAUGAAAUUCCAUGUGUUUCAUGGGGGCAUUUGGUUGAUGGAAUGUGGAUUUAAUUCCAUCUUGUGAUGGGAAGUGAAACCCUUGUGUUUGUUUCGUCUCUUAAGGGGCACAAAUGUGAGGCAUAAUCUAGUAGUUGAAAUCCAAAUUCCCUAGAGGAGCGGUAGGAUUUCAUGCUUCAUGGUUAAGUUCUGGAUUGUUCUCUUUCUUUAAGUUUAUUAAUUGAUACAAUGGUAAAUAAAAUUCCUUCCUUCAGUUAAAACUCCCUCUUAAAGAAAGUUCAUCCCAGCAAAAUACUCUCGAAAAUCUAUUCCUAUCACAUUUCAUGCAUUUGUAUUCGAUGUACUGCAACAUUCACAGAACGAAUCUGUUACUGAAUCUUAUGAAUCUGGUGUUGCCUCUUGUGACCUUGUUGUCUUUUAUCUAAGACCCUUUUUAUCGUGCAGUGUCUGCUGAUAACACUAUCCUUGCAACUGGAAGUUAUGAUACCACUGUAAUGGUGUGGGAAGUAGUACGUGCCAGAGGCCACGAGAAAAGAGUUAGAAACGCACAAACAGAAGUACCUCGUAGAGACCACGUGAUUGCUCAAACCCCAUUCCAUAUCCUCUGUGGUCAUGACGAUAUAAUCACCUGCUUGUUUGUUAGUGUGGAGCUCGAUAUUGUCAUCAGUGGUUCAAAAGACGGGACUUGUAUUUUCCAUACCCUUAGGGAAGGCCGAUAUGUGAGAUCUUUGCGCCAUCCAUCUGGCCAUCCACUGUCAAAGCUUGUUGCUUCGAGGCAUGGGCAUAUAGUGUUCUAUGCCGAGGAUGAUCUUAGCCUGCAUCUCUACUCUAUCAAUGGCAAACAUCUGGCAAGUUCCGAAUCAAAUGGGCGCCUCAACUGUAUUGAACUCAGUAGGUGUGGUGAUUUUUUGGUCUGUGCUGGUGACCAAGGGCAAAUAGUUGUGCGAUCGAUGCACAAUCUCGAUGUUGUGAAGAGGUAUGUGGGAGCUGGAAAGAUGAUCACAAGCCUAGCGGUGACUCCAGAGCAAUGCUUCUUGGCUGGGACCAAAGAUGGACACAUUUUAGUUUACUCGAUAGAGAAUCCCCAACUCCGCAGAGCUGGUGCUGCUAGGAACAAGACAAGAGGCUCUGGGCCGUUGUAGAUCGAUCAGGUUGUCUGCAAGUAACAAUCACUGCUCGGUUGUCACGAUCGUAUUCACAACAGGUAUGCAAACUUUAUUUCUGUCUGUUUCAAUUGAAGCCAUGGCCGUGCAUGCUGAUUAUCGUGCUUUGCUUCUUCGAGAUUUUGACGUAUGGAAAUAAAACGGCUUGGUGAUGCAAAUUGCCACUAUUAAGUAGAAAUCUUGCUAGUAUGAAUGACAACUUUUACCUGACUCAUUAGCUCUGGUCUGCUUGGGGUAGAUAUCAUGGGGCCGGAAUCUGUUUUAUAUGAUAUUUAUUCAAAGCAUUCCCAUUUGAACUACUAUUAAACGAUAUUAUUAAUAUAACUGGGAAGUGGCCAUCUCUCAUAUAAUGAACUUUCAUACUCCAUUUUAUUCUCUCGCUUUUAUUUAUAAAAAAAAAAAAUUGUUCUUGAAUCUCUUAAGAAAGAAUCGACUUGUUUGGUCGUUUUUCUUUGAGUUGCAUAAUAAGUCCCUCUAUCGUGACACAUACCCUAAACAAAAUUACUCAACUUGACUAGUGCCUGGUGCAAAUCUGUUAAGGUAUUGAGAUAAGCCGCCUUGCCCCACUGCCAUUCCUACUUGCUAGAGUGAGAACGGACUCUAUCCCCCUUUUUUUGUUUGGCAAACAUAUUCAUUCUCUUAAUUUUAUUUUCUGCAGAAGCUGGCUUGAAGAAUCCAGAGACUGAGUUCUGCUGAAAUUACUUGGACCACAGUUUUGCUAACACAGGAGGUUUUGGUUUUAGGCAUUCUGGAGAUGAACUGUGAGGUGCUGAUUUUCAGCUGAGACUUGCAGCGCUACAGACUAGCUGAAAUGCUGGUCAUGUUGCCUUCUUAAGAUUCAGCUGCAGCCGCCAAUGAAAAGGGAAAUGCUCGCUCUUGCGGCUGGGUACUUGGAUUUGUGGAUACAUCCUUAUGCAUACUUGUAUUUGUAUACCUACCUACCUGUACAUUGUAUAGUCUUGAUAGAGGGAGAAAAUGCUACCCAAAACUUGGUCUAACAGCUGACAAUGCCAGCAGCUCUCAGGUCUAUUAUUAUCAUCUUCAGGUCAUUUGUUGUUAGGUGAUAGAGAACAGAAACUGGACAUUGUACAGAUGGAAACCCACCCUCGAUGUCAUCUACGGGAAAUGGUGGCAAUUUAGUACCGGUUAUGGCUACUGUUUUUACUUAUUUAAGAUUUAGAAAAAGAGCAAGCACGGGUACGGCAUCGAUACUCCAGUAUCAAAUAUUGAACUCUCAAAUAUCGAAUUACAACCUAAAAUCAAUCUCAACCCAAAAAUAAAUUCGGUAUCUCAAUCCCAAUCCAAAAAUGUUUAGGAAUUUCAAUCGGUAUUUUCGAAUACGAUACUAUGCAAUCAAUAGAUGAUGGUAAUAACACCCGUAUUCCUCAUCAUUUUAAAAGUUUGUAGGCUUAAAAAGUUUGCUUAUGAGAAUGUGAUGCGAGAAAAGUUAUAAAAACUUAUUGAAGUUAUAAUUAAUUGGAUUCAAUCAAGUCUUCAUCGAACUUAUUCAUUAUAGGUUCUCAUUUAGCGCAGACAGACUAGACAAAGGGUUUUGAGUCUGUCUAGCGCUAAGACAUGAUUAAGGAGAAGGGAGGAGAUGAUGAUAUCACCAUUUCUCCUCAUUGGUAAUCUUUAAUUCGAUGGAUUGGAGGUUCAUAUUUAGCGCAAAGUGACUAGACAAAGGGUCUUGAGUUCGUCUAGAGCUAGGACAUGGUUAAGGAGGAGGGAGGCGAUGAUGAUAUCUCCGUUUCUCAUCAUUGGUAAUCUUUAAUUCGAUGGAUUGGAGGUUGAGAGAUAACUAAUGAGAAUGUCUGUUUUUAAAAUGUCAUGAAAAUAACAAGAGAUUGAGUGCGAGACGAGAGUGACUUAAAUUUGAAAGCAAAAAUUGGGUUGGAUGGUGGCUUGUGAGUUGGCAAAGAUUGAAGAAGAACCAAAGUAUGUGCUAUAUUUAAUUAAUUUUUUAUUUUUGUUGUUUCUCAGUAUUUUGGUAUUUACUGAUCACAAUCUCGUAAUCUCGAAUACCAAAUAACACUUCAAAAUGAAUCACAAUCUCAAUCCUUAAAAAUAAUUGUGUGUUCGAUAAUUUGUAAUGCAAGUCAUAUCCAUUUGUAUUGUUUAAUAUUUUGUAAUAAAUGCAAGUCUUAUUCAUUUCUAUAGUAUGUAGACACAAUUUGAAAUGACAAAAGUUUAUGGUUAGCAGCAAAUCAGUUUGAUUUGUAAUGCAAGUCAUAUCCAUUUGCAUUGGAAGUAAUUUGUAAUGUAAAUUAGUUGUAAUGUACAUCAGUCUCUAAUGUAAGUAGUUUGUAUAAUAUGUAACAUGGUUGGUAUGAUGUGGUAUUUUAGUUUGUAUACUAUGUAUUCAUAGUUUGUGAUGUUUGUCAAUCUCAUUUGUAAUGUAAAUUAGUUGUAAUGUACAUUGGUCCCGUUUGUAAUGUAAGUAGUUUGUAUAAUAUGCAAUACUAGAUAAAUGGCCCGCGCUCUGCCGCGGUUAUUGUAAUUUGAGUUAUCUUAUUUCAAGAUAAUUGGUUUGCGCUCUGCAACAAAUUGUCAUCAAAACGAUUGUAUCAACAAGUUAGCUUUCAAAAAAUUUAUGUCGUAGUUUGUGGUGAAUGUCCUUAUAAAUAAAAUGAACACUAAUUGUAAGUUCAUUCAUCUUUGAUAAACUACAAUAAUUUUGGACUAAAUAGUUGGAUUAAUUAGAUAAAUGGAUUGGAUGAAUGAAUGCCUCGUACCUAAGUUUAAUUUUUUUAUGUCCCAUACAAAUAACUGGGAGAAGGUUAGAGUGAGUAGCUGGAAAUUAUGAGCAUUUACAGGACACUAACACAAUUGUGAAGAACAAAUUUAAGUUUUAACCCCAAGGCAAAAGUAAAGGUCCGUUUAAAGUAAAUUAAAAAAGAGAAUGGUUUACCAUGAGAUGUAGAUCCUUCCUUGAUGAAAUUAUCUUAUCCACUUAAAAAGCUAUCUUUCCUUUUCAAAGGGAAGAGAAUAUAAUGUCAAAUUUUUACAUACACCAUAGCAUCCUUCAUCCUUGAGAUCAAAAGAUUUGUACAGAAAUGAUAAUUAUGAUAAGGAUGAAUGACAUAAUGCACAUUUGCUUUUACUUCCAGCAUCCAUCAGCUCCAAAUUGUGCCUCGUUUCAUUCUAAGUUGUAAGAAGAUCACACUUUUAAACUUGUACUCUUUAUUUGAAGCAUUUUCCUGUGGAAUAUAUGGCUGAGGGAGGUAAUUCGUAACCACCAUCAGUUCAAGAUCAAACACACAAAUACAUGAAAUUAAGAACUGGUAUGCUAAAGCCAUCCAAGAGUUAUAAAAUCCAUGUUUCUCAUUCAUAAUGAUCUCUUAGACUUAAUUAAGUAUUCUAAUUGGU